CCCGCUCCGCCUCCCCGCGGCCCCCGCGGCACCUCGGCCUCUUUGCCGUUUCAGGGACCGACGAGCACGGGCUGAAGAUCCAGCAGGCCGCGGCCGCGGCAGGGACGUCUCCCCCGGAGCUCUGCGAGCGGGUCUCGGGCCUCUUCCACCAAGCCUUGACCCAGGCCGCCGUCUCCUUCACCGACUUCACCCGCACCAGCGAGCCCCGCCACCAGCGAGCCGUGCGUCACUUCUGGGGCGCCCUCCGGGACGGCGGGGCACUCUACAAAGGGUCUUACGAGGGCUGGUACUGCACUCCCGAGGAGUGCUUCCUGCCCGAGAGCCAGCUCGCUGAGCGCAGGGAUGCCCAGGGUCACCCGUGCAAGGUGUCGUUGGAGACCGGCCAUCAGGUACACUGGACCAAAGAGGAGAAUUACAUGUUCAGGCUCUCGGCGUUCCGGGAUCCGUUGCAGAAGUGGCUCCGGGACAACCCACACGCCAUUUCCCCUGACCCUUUCUACCAGCACGUGCUCCGCUGGCUGGAAGAGGACUUGCCAGACUUGUCCGUCUCUCGUGAGAGAAGCCGGCUGCAGUGGGGUAUUCCUGUUCCCAGUGACUCAACACAAACUAUUUAUGUAUGGGUAGAUGCCUUGGUGAACUAUCUGAGCGUGGUGGGCUACCCUGAGACACACGGUGAGUGGUGGCCUGCUGCGCACCAUGUUGUGGGCAAGGACAUCCUCAAGUUUCACGCCGUCUACUGGCCAGCACUGCUGAUGGCAGCAGGGCUGGCUCCCCCCGAGCGAAUCUUUGUGCACUCCCACUGGACUGUCCAUGGACAGAAGAUGUCCAAAAGCCUGGGCAACGUGAUUGACCCCUUUGCUUGUAUUGGACGGUACACAGUAGAUGGAUUUCGGUACUUCCUGCUAAGGCAGGGUGUGCCUGAGCGGGAUUGUGACUAUUACGAUGAGAAGGUUGUUAAGCUAGUGAAUUCAGAACUGGCGGAUGCUCUUGGGGGGCUUCUGAAUCGGUCAACAGCCCUCAGCAUUAACCCCAGCAACACUUACCCUUGUUUCUCAGAGUCUUGUUUUCCAAAGAUCUUGGAUUACAGGGGGACGAAAGCCGUGGGUAGGGCUUCUGCUGAAGACUAUGAGUUCGUGGCAUCUGUGGCUUCUCUGCCUCUGCAGGUGGCUAGUUAUUUUGAAGGUUUCCAGAUCUACAAGGCUUUAGAAUGCAUUGCCCUGUGCGUAAGGCAGACCAACAGUUUCUUCCAGAGACACAGGCCUUGGAAACUCAACCAAAAAGACCCCGCAGAGAAGCUCUGGCUUGACACCAUCAUCCACGUUACGCUGGAAUGCCUGCGUGUCUACGGGACCCUCCUGCAGCCUGUGAUCCCACACACUGCAGACAAGUUGCUUUCCAGGCUGGCUGUUGAGCCAGAAGAGAGAGGUCUCUCAAGUUUGACAUUUCUGCCACGCUACAAUGGGAAGCCAUGUCCCUUUGAAGGGAGACAGCUUGGACCUGACACUGGCAUCUUAUUUCAGAGACUAGAGAAGUCAAGACAGCAUCAGAUAGAAACCAAGAAGCUCUAGUCUCUGACAAACAGCUUCUGUAAAUAAAAGCCUCCGGGAACUUGUUAAAAGC